AUUCACACGUCCACAUCGUACGACGACUGCUAAAAAUCUCUUCAACUAAGAUUGUUUCAAUGUCAUCACUUUAUUGGACUGCGGAAAUAAAUUUUCCAUCUAUAUAAAGACAAUGAAAACCAUGACAACCAUGCCAAGUUUAAAUUUUCAUAAACCAGUACAAUCUAAAUACCUUUUCUUGGUACUGGCAUUGAAUAUACUUUUCAGUCUGACACUGACACAUGGAUAUUCACUGAAGGACUGCACUGUCAAAGGUUCAUUAAAUUCCACAAAUUUGAAAGUACUCUGCUACAAAAGGCAGCUUCAGGCUGUACCCGACAGCAUACCAUCUAGAUCAAGAGCGCUGGACAUUUCCUACAACAAGAUAUCAUUGAUAAAAAGGAAUGAUUUGAGAGAUUUAUCCAAUCUUCAACACCUAAAUAUUAGUAAAAACAUGAUUGUGGAAGUGGAGGACGGGGCUUUCAGAGGACUAGCUGCUUUGGAGGAAUUGAAUCUUGAGUUCAACAAACUCAAAACGAUCUCAGAUGGACUCUUCCAGAACCUGUUUAACCUCACUUUCCUUCGACUGAAUGAAAACCGCAUUUCAGAAAUAAGUUCUUCUGCUUUUCUUCCUCUUCGCAGUUUGGUAAUGCUGAACUUGUCAGGAAACCAUCUACAUUCCAUACAUAAAGCCCAGCCUGCCUUUCUGAUGCCUAAUAUUCAGGAACUGCACAUCGGGAAAAAUGGGUUUGCCUCUUUUGAAUCAUUGCAAGUUUCAAACACAUCCAUACAACUGAAAGCCCUGGAUCUGUCCCACAAUCCUUUGCAGUUGUUUAGAAUAACAGCUGACAUCUUUCCUCACCUUGAAACUUUAGACCUGGCAUUGAUUAACACCAGCAUUAAGUGGGAAGUGCAGAACAAAGACUACUUCAGAAAUGUCAACAGACUUAACAUAAGUGGAAUACAACUGGCAACAGAAGAAACAAAAGAAUUGCUGCGAACCUUCAACUCUACACUGGACAAUCUUAGACUUUACUACUUUGGAGAAGAGAAGGCAAAAUCUCUUGUUAAGGAUGCUUGCCUGAUUACUUCCCUAACAUCUCUUCGUUUGGAGUCCAAUGGCAUUAAUUCUAUAUCAGAGAAUGAGCUAAAACACUGCAAAAACCUGAUACUAUUGGACUUAGCAGAAAACCAUCUGACUAACAUUUCACCACUAACGUUUAAAUCAAUGGGUAAACUCAAUACCCUGAGUCUUACCCAUAAUAAAUUGAAGAAAGUUCCAAAGGCCAUUAGAAACCUUUCCUGUUUAAAAGUCUUAGAUCUCGGCUACAAUUCCAUUACGACUGUAGCUUGUUCGGAUUUGACCAAUCUAACAGGAUUAAUAACAUUGCAUAUUUAUAGAAAUCCUCUGUCAUCAGUGGAACACUGUGCUUUUCAAGACCUUCAGAAUUUGAAAGUACUUUUGAUUGGUUCAGCUAGACUCUUCACUUUAAAAGGUUAUUUUAUGAGGGGUCUCCAGAGUCUGCAGCGCUUAGAUACAUCUCACAACAAGCUAAGCACCAUCCAAAAAGGCAUUUUUAAGGGUUUGCUAAAUCUUACACAUCUAGAGUUUCAAGAUAACCAGAUACAAAUUCUUGAGGAAGGUGCUUUCGAAGGAUUAGACAAUCUGAUUAUACUGGAUUUGCAAUCAAACAAGCUCACAAAAUCUUCAAUAAGUGCUUCAAUUUUCUCUGGACUUCCAAAUCUAAAGGAACUGGUUUUAAAUAACAAUCGCAUUUCGUACACAAGCCAGAGCAGCCUCAGUGUUCCGCCUUUUAAAAAUCUGAAUUCUUUACAUUCUCUGAUCAUUUUUAGUCAGGGCACAGAUGGUAUGAAAUAUUUUCCUUCCAAUCUUCUGGAAGGAUUGGCAAACUUAAAGAAACUCUGGGCUGGCAAUAUUAACAUAAACUCUCUACAUCCUGAAACCUUUACUUACACCCCGAAUCUGUGGUUAGUGGAUUUUAGCAAAAACAACUUGAUAUCAAUCUCAGCAGACAUAUUUCAGCCACUCAAAAAACUCAGCGCUCUCACCAUGAUUCAGACAGGAAUUCAAUCACUGGACUUUGUUAUUCAAGCAAACAUUAAUGAAGUACAAGUUCUCUUGGUUCGAAAGAAUUCUAUUGCUGUCAUCAAUGAGAAUUUGAUCAACGCCUUUUCAAAGUUGUCCCAUCUGGACCUACAAGGCAAUGAAUUUUCCUGCGACUGUGACAAUGCCUGGUUUAUCGACUGGGCAGUUCACAACAAUGACACACAAGUUUUAAGCCUGGACAAGUUCACAUGCAACUACCCAUCCAAUCUGAGAGGAAGUCGACUUCUAGAUCUCGACAGAGACUCAUGCAUUGUUAAUGUGGGGCUGUUGUGCUUUAUCUCCACUACCUUUUUCAUACUUUUGACUCUGCUCAGUUCGUUCCUCUACCACUUUCUGAAAUGGCAGAUUGUAUACACCUACUAUCUGUUUCUGGCUUUUCUUUAUGACAAAAAACAACAGCACAACCAGAACGAAACAGUACAAAGAUUCCAGUACGAUGCUUUCAUUUCCUACAACACCCAUGAUGAACUCUGGGUAAUGAAGGAGCUGUUACCAAAGCUGGAGGGAGAGCAGGGCUGGAGGUUGUGUUUGCACCACAGAGACUUCCAGCCAGGUAAACCAAUCGUGGAUAACAUUGUGGAGGGCAUCUACAGCAGCCGUAAGACCAUCUGCGUGAUCAGUCGCCACUACCUGGAGAGCGAGUGGUGUUCCAGAGAAAUCCAGGUGGCCAGUUUCCGACUCUUUGACGAGAAGAAGGACAUUCUUAUUUUAGUGUUCCUGGAGGACAUUCAGCCCCAGCAUCUGUCUCCAUAUUACAGGAUGAGGAGUCUAAUAAAGAAGCGUACCUACCUCAGCUGGCCCAAACCUGGAAUAGACACUCAGGUCUUCUGGCAGAAGCUAAGAGCAGCUUUGGAGAUUACAGGGAGCUCUAAAAAUUGA